GAGGUUGAGUGAGGAGGCUUGUUGGAGUCAGAAAAAGUGGGCGAAUAGGCAGCGUGCUCUUGGAAAAGGAGCAAGUCCAAGAUUGAAUUUCUGCCUAACAGCAUUUCCCAUGCUGAGAGCGAGAGACAAGGGUGCAAGUGCAGACAGUGAGUGAGCUAAAAACAAGCUUAACAAUUUUAACUUUACCCAGGGUGGCAGAUUAACACCACAGCAGCCCCUGAAGAAGCUCCCUCUAUCUCCUCCCCUCACCUCCUAAAUGUGACUCAAGGGAGAAUCAGGAGGGGUUGCCUGGAUGGUGUGAUGAUGGGUCGGCCCAGAAGGCACAUGGAGGUGAAGGAACAGCAGGAGAGUCAUGGUCACUCGCCUGCGGUUUGAAGCAUUAGCCCGAAGCAUUAGCUGCCAGUAGGGCAGGUGAAAGGAGGAGUUCAACUAAGAACUUCUUGCAGCAAAAAGUAAAAUAUAUAUAUAUAUUUUUAAAAAGGAACUAUUCCAGGCAGAGACAUGGACAAUCAUAAGGGGGGAGGUACAGAUAGAGGUGGAGGCGAGACGAAAGAUAAACAAAAAGCUGAGGAGGUCAGUGAUGAAGAUAAGCAGGCCAAAAACAAGCAGAACAAGUUGGAGAAAGAGAGCAGCAAGGAGCCGAGAAGGGAGAACCGCCGGCGGUGUCAGUGGGCUCUGACGGAGCGUCUGGCCAUCAACGUGUCAGGGAUGCGUUAUGAGACCCAGCUGCGCACCCUCGCUCAGUUCCCAGACUCCCUGUUGGGUGACCCCCAGCGUCGAAUUCGCUACUUCGACCCUCUUCGGAAUGAAGUCUUCUUGGACAGAAACCGCAUAUGCUUUGACGCCAUCCUCUACUUCUACCAGUCAGGUGGGAGGCUGCGGAGGCCCGCCAACAUCCCCCUGGACAUGUUCUUGGAGGAGCUGCGGUUCUACGAGCUCGGAGAGGAGAUCAUCGACCACUUCAAAGAGGAUGAAGGCUUCGCCAAAGAGGAGGAAAGACCUCUACCUGAAAAAAAGUGGCAGCAGCAAAUCUGGAUGCUGUUUGAGUAUCCGGAAUCUUCCAGCGGAGCCCGGAUCAUCGCCAUCAUCAGUGUCAUGGUCAUUGUGGUCUCCAUUCUCAUCUUCUGCCUGGAGACCCUGCCCGAGUUCAGAAAUGAAAAGGAGCGUAGGGAGCAAUACUCCAUCGCUCCUCACCCCAACAUAUCAAACAAGACCAUCUUGGUCUCACCUGGAUUCACUGCCUUCCAGGACCCAUUCUUCAUAGUAGAGACAAUCUGCAUCUGCUGGUUCUCAUUUGAACUCAUCAUGCGCUUCAUUAGUGCUCCCAACAAGAUGCACUUCUUUAAAGACAUCAUGAACAUCAUAGACUUCUUCGCCAUCCUGCCUUAUUUUGUCACGGUGGGCACGGAGCUAGCAAAGGACAAAGAUACGCAGCCCUCCGUGUCUCUGGCUCUCAUCAGAGUCAUCAGGUUAGUGAGAGUCUUCAGGAUCUUCAAGCUCUCUCGUCACUCCAAGGGCCUCCAGAUCCUGGGCCAGACGCUGAAGGCCAGCCUGAGAGAGCUUGCGCUGCUCAUCUUCUUCCUCUUCAUCGGCGUCAUACUCUUUUCUAGCGCCGUCUACUUCGCUGAGGUGGACAGUUCUGGAACAAACUUCAAAAGCAUCCCCGAGGCUUUCUGGUGGGCAGUCGUGACCAUGACUACAGUCGGGUACGGCGAUAUGUGCCCAGGGACAGUUGGGGGAAAGCUGGUGGGCUCCAUGUGCGCCAUUGCUGGCGUGCUCACCAUCUCUUUGCCCGUGCCUGUCAUUGUGUCCAACUUCAGCUACUUUUACCACAGAGGAAUGGAGUGUGAGGACACCAGGGUGUACCAGCAUGUCCCCACAUCGCUCUGGGAAAAGGAAGGAGAUGAUGAUGAAGACGAGGAGGACGAGGAUGGAAUGGAUGAGUGGCCUGAAUAUAUGAGGGAUUACGCACCACUGUAUGGGCAGAACAGGGCUAUUUGCCCUCCGAUCAAUGGGCCUCUUUUGACAGGCCUUUGUGCAGGACGGGUAGAUGGAGAUCAGAGAGGCAUGGGGUUCCUCUUUAAGGAAUCUUGCGUCUGACAGACUGCAGAGUGCUAAACUCAUGGCAACACAUCAAGAAAACAGAGCCAAGAUAUAAAAAGAUACUGCUGAAAGGACACACAGAGGGAGACAUGAAAACCAAGAAGUGCAGUGACAUGUGAACAUAGUUUUAUAUGUGAAGCUUAUUAUAUAAUAUGCAUGAUUAUACUCGACACGCAGCUACUCACGAAGCAUCCGUUUUCCUCAGUAAAUAAACAGAAAAAAGUUAAAUGUUUCCAGAUGCCUCAAAGCAUUUUCUGUGCAUCUCACAUGAAAAAUAUUCCACCAGCUGCAAAAUGAUUUAAAUUACAACCACCCCCUCUGGUUCUUUAACCAAACACAGAUGACAGUUACUUACAUGUUUUGGUCACAGGAAGAAUGACUGUAAUGAAUGCACCUAGAAUUUCCUUUAACCAGAUAAUUUCCAGAAAAAAAACUUUAACACUAAAUUCUGCUUUUAUUUGUACAGCUUUCCAGUCAGUAUGUACGCUGUCAUGUGUAUAAUAUUACAAUAUCUUGUCUUAAAUUAUAUGGAAACAGUAUUCGACAGCUGUCUGAAUUCAAUCCCAUUGACACAGGUGUAUAAAAUCAAGCAACUAGCCAUGCAGUUUGUUUUUUACAAGCAUUUGUGAAAGGAAGAGUUGCUUUAAAGAGUUCACCGAAUCAGAGCAUUAACAUCAGCACAAAACCUGUGUGCUGGGAGUUUCGUGGAAUGGGUUUUCAUGGGCAAACAGGGGUGACCCAGUACUUUUGUCUAUAUAGUCUAUAUACAAGUUACAUAUUAAGGAAUCAGCCAAUCAGAAUAAAGUAUUCUGUACAGAGGAUGAACUGAAAGGAUGCACCAUAUAAAAAAACAAUGACUAUUUUAGUCGAUGUUUUACCUGAUGGGUUACAAUGUUGCUGUCCUCCUGCUGCUGAUAGUGCUGGAAGGCAGGGCUCUAUUGCUUUGAGACUGUAGGUGUUAAAAAGUCCAUAGGAGAGAUGGUAGCUGAUUAAACAAGUGCUAUGAGAUAAUAUUAAAAUGCAAAGAUUGGUGACAGUGCUUGAAAUCAUAAGGCAAGAAUAAAAAAAACUGUGGGAAAUAAACUCACUCUGAUUCACUCUUC